AUGAUAACAGUGUAUGAUAACAGUGUGUAUGAUAACAGCGUGUGUGAUAACAACGUGUAUGAUAACAGCGUGUAUGAUAACACUGUGUAUGAUAACAGCGUGUAUGAUAACAUCGUGUAUGAUAACGGAGUGUUUGAUAACAGCGUAUACGAUAGCAACGUGUGUGAUAACAACGUGUGUGAUAACAACGUGUGUGAUAACAGCGUGUAUGAUAACAGCGUGUGUGAUAACGUGUAUGAUAACAACGUGUGUGAUAACAGCGUGAAUGAUAACAGCGUGUAUGAAUUAAGCGUGUAUGAUAACAACGUGUUUGAUAACCACAUGUAUGAUAACAGCGUGUAUGAUAACAGCGUGUGUGAUAACAACGUUUAUGAUAACAGCGUGUAUGAUAACAAUGUGUAUGAUAACAACGUGUAUGAUAAAAGCGUGUAUGAUAACAACGUGUAUGAUAACAGCGUGUAUGAUAACAGCGUGUAUGAUAACAGCGUAUAUGAUAACACUGUGUAUGAUAACAGCGUGUAUGAUACCAGCGUGUAUGAUAACAGCGUGUGUGAUAACAGCGUGUGUGAUAACAGCGUGUAUGAUAACAGCGUGUAUGAUAACAAUGUGUAUGAUAACAGCGUGCAUGAUAACAGCGUGUGUGAUAACAAUGUGUUUGAUAACAGCGUGUAUGAUAACAACGUGUAUGAUAACGUGUAUGGUAACAGCGUGAAUGAUAACAACGUGUAUGAUAACUGCGCGUAUGAUAACAGCGUGUAUGAUAACACUGUGUAUGAUAACAGCGUGCAUGAUAACAACGUAUAUGAUAACAGCGUGUAUAAUAACAGCGUGUAUGAUAACACUGUGUAUGAUAACACUGUGUAUGAUAACAGCGUGUAUGAUAACACUGUGUAUGAUACCAGCGUGUAUGAUAACACUGUGUAUGAUAACAGCGUGUAUGAUAAGAGCGUGUGUUAUAACAGCGUGUAUGAUAACAACGUGUAUGAUUACACUGUGUAUGAUAACAGUGUGUAUGAUAACACUGUGUAUGAUAACAGCGUGUGUUAUAACAGCGUGUAUGAUAACAGCGUGUAUGGUAACACUGUUUAUGAUAACAGCGUGUAUGAUAACAGCGUGUAUGAUAACACUGUGUAUGAUAACAGCGUGUAUGAUAACACGGUGUAUGAUAACAGCGUGUAUGAUAACAGCGUGUAUGAUAACAGCGUGUGUUAUAACAGCGUGUAUGAUAACAGCGUGUAUGAUAACAUUGUUUAUGAUAAUACUGUGUAUGAUUACAGCGUGUAUGAUAACAGCGUGUAUGAUAACACUGUGUAUGAUAACACUGUGUAUGAUAACAGCGUGUAUGAUAACAGCGUGUAUGAUAACAACGUGUAUGAUAACAGCGUGUGUGAUAAUAGCGUGUGUGAUAACAGCGUGUAUGAUAACAGCGUGUGCGAUAACAGCGUGUGCGAUAACAUCGUGUAUGAUAAGAGCGUGUAUGGUAACAGCGUGUAUGAUAACAACGUGUAUGGUAACAGCGGGUGUGAUAACAGCGUGUAUGAUAACAGCGUGUAUGAUAACAACAUGUAUGAUAACAGCGUGUAUGAUAACAGCGUGUAUGGUAACAGCGUUUGUGAUAACAACGUGUAUGAUAACAGCGUGUAUGAUAACAGCGUGUAUGAUAAUAGCGUGUAA